UUGCUAUUUUCCUUAGAAGGAUAAAGGCUGCUGGCUCCCUCCUUCCUCCCACCCCCUCCUUCUGUCUCAAAGCUUCUGGUUAUGCUUGCUUCUGCCAGAUCAAGUGCACAGUGCUGAGGAACAAGCAGUGCCGCAGGAGCCACACACAGGAGAAACUGCAGGUCCACAACCUGGAGAAAGAGGGGACUCAAGGAUGUGAGCCAAUCAAUUCACUGCUAGGUAGAGGGUGGUUGUAUAGUGUAUUCCGGCUCCUGGAGAAAUAGAUUGGCUGCAACCCAAGCGUGGACUCACAGGACGCUGUAUACCACAAUCUACGUUGGACUUAAAUGUAUCUUUAAAUACUUAUAGAGACUCUUGCCCACGUCUGAAGGUCAGGACUGUAACAAUGGAGAUGCUACGUCGCUCUUCUGUUUUUGCUGCAGAAGUAUUUGAGGUGUUUGACAGAUCCCCCACUGAUAAGGAGCUGGUGGCACAGGGGAAAGCAUUGUGCAGAGACUUUAUCCAGGCCCGACUCCAGCGUGCUGGUCUUGGUUGGAACAAACCAGAACAUGGGAUCUCUUCUUCAGUAGGAGGACGUAUGGUGGAGGUAUCAGCCACCUUCCUGAGGCUAGGGGAUGAGUUGGAGUACAUGAGACCAGCUGUAUACAGGAACAUUGCCCGACAGCUGAACAUCUCCCUGUCUUCAGAGACCGUUCUGUCUGAUGCUUUGCUGGCGGUUGCCUCAGAGAUAUUCACAGCAGGUAUUACAUGGGGCAAAGUGGUAUCACUAUAUGCAGUAGCAGCAGGCCUUGCAAUGGACUGUGUGAAACACUCUCAGCCUGCUCUUGUUCUAACCAUAGUAGACUGUGUGGGAGAGUUUAUACGAACAACGCUGGUCACGUGGCUGAAGAGGAGAGGAGGAUGGACAGAUGUAACAAAGUGUGUUAUCACUUCUGAAUCAAGCCUGCGAUCCCACUGGUUGGUCUCCAGCGCCUACAACUUAGGACACUUCUUAAAGGCAGUGAUAUUCUUUCUGCUUCGUGAACGAUAACCUUCUGUGGCAGGCUGCGUGUCCGUUAAACGUCACCAGGCAGACAUUGCUUUCCUUCAUUUCCUGUGGCUGGGUCCAAACUGUUCUUCAGUGAACUCUCAAUGGAACAUCUGUGACAACAUGAACUAGACUUGGCCCAGAUUGUGCUUUGUAAAAUCAAGAUCAACCCAAACUGCGCUAUUUCCCUUGUCUCCAGCACAUCAGAGACGUUCCCGCAGUCAGGCUGAGUGUACAACUUCCUCUCAUUCAGUCGGGACCUUUUAUAAACUCACCAGACGUUACUGUGGUUAGACCAGAGUUUAUUGUAUAUUUCCAGACUGUUAGAAGAACAGAGUCAGUAUUACAGAAGAUAUAUACGGAGAAACUUCUGGUGUUACAUAUUUUCAUAUAGGUGUGCUUUAAUAUGUUACCUGUCAACUUGCAAUGGCCUAGAAGAAAAUGGCAGCUAAAAGCAGGCAUGUCAUUGGUACCCAAAUAAUAUAAUCAGUUUGGUUAGAAAGUGGUUCAACAUCUUAAAAGCUUAUCAGCGCCAUCGGUUUUGUUACAGAGGAAGGCAAAUCAAAAACCCCUGGGACAACUAUGUGGAAAAAUGGCUCCUCUCCAGUAUACAAAGUAGUCAGAUCAAAAAAAUAACACAUCAUUCUUAGUAAUUAUAACUGUGCAUACAAUAAAACAACAAUUACCAACUUCAUUUUGAAAUUCUGUUUUUUAUUUUUGCCAUUUCUACCUCAUAUAGCAGAUCAUCCCAUAGCUUAGCAGAAAGAACCAUUUUCUACACACUGAUUAUGAUAUCCUCUGCCCUUCAUACAGAGCCAGCAUGCCCUUGUUGUUUGUAUAGUCCUUGGAUACAGUUAUGAUGAAAUCAGAAAAAUGUUGUUUUUCAAAUAAAAUAAGCCCAGUUUUUCUAAUGUUCCACUUCACAUUAAAGGGCAUGCUAUUAUUCUUCUGCA